UGGUGUUGUUGAUGUUUGUACUUUCUGUUGAUUUGUAGUGUAAAGAGACUGAAGUCACCAGUGCUGUCCCAGAUUUUUAUGUGGUCUAAGAGCACCCCCGUUAGCAAACUUCACCAGUAUCGAUUUUCAAUAUGCAUUUUUGAUUAUUUUAAUUUCUUUUUGUUUAACUUUAAAAAAAAAAAAUUAGUAGAUGAACCAUUUGUGGACCGCCAUGUGGCAUGGGAUCCACGGAACAGUGUUGAUACAGGCUUCAUAGUGGGGAACUACAGGUUCAUAAUAAAGGACUUUUUAUAUUUUACUUUUUUGGGAACUGUGUGAAUCUUCCCUCUUGAUACUUCAAUGCAGAUGUUCUAAAGCUUCUCAGAAAAUGUGGCCCUCUAAUGUAACUUUUAUCUAAAAUUAUUAAAAACAAUGGUAGUAGUAAUAUUCAAACCAGAGAAAGAAGUUGUAUUUCACUUGUUUAACCAUUUCAUCUACAAACAACUUCGUAAAUUAUGACCUAUAAUUUACUUUAUAUUCUGUGGCCUAAGGCUAAUGAUUCAUGUGCCUUAGUAGAGGAUUUAGGUCGCAGAAUAUCCAGGAAGUAGUGCUGGGAAUAUGAAUCAUUAUCUGCGGGUGCGGGUUGAGUGAUUUGAAAAAUUUGGUUCGCGGGUGCGGAUGCGGGUUGAAUGACUUUUAUGCGGGGCGGGUGCGGGUUAGCCAAAAUUCAGUGCGGGUACCCGCCAACCCGCAAAAACUAAAAAAAAGAUUUUUUUAAAAAAAAUAUUAUUUUUAAAUGGAAAAUUUUUAAAAAAUAAUUUAAUUUUAAUUAUAAAUAGAUUAAUAUUUAUUAUUUUUAAUAAAAAUUAUUUAAAAUAUUAAAUUUUAUUGUUAUUUUUAAAAAAAAAAUAUUUAAAUAUUAAAUUUUAUUGUUAUUUUUAAUAAAAAAAUAUUUAAAUUAAUAAUUUUUAAUAUUAUUAAUAUUAUCCGCGGGUCUAGCGGAUCACCCGCGGGUUUAAGCGGGGCGGGUGCGGAUUUCAUAUUUUCUUCUUGCGGAUCAAGCGGGUCAAAUUUUUUGAGUAAAAAAAUCAGUUUACCCGCGGGUUGGCGGGUCAGCGGGGCGGGUUUGACCCGCAACCCAGCUCUACCAGGAAGUGCCAUUGUGGAUCACUGGUCGCUCAAAAACAAUCUAUUGUAGAGAAAGGACUGAUGGAGCUGAAGCAAGACUUUAUUGAUACGAAGAAAGACAUAAGUGAGAUUACUGGUGUCUUGGAGAGUUUUAGAGCUAAGUUUUAGAAGUAUUGUUGGUUUAUUUUGGUCACAUUGUUGUUGUUAAUUGUUGGUGGUAUUAGAUUCAUACUUUAUUGGUUUCGUUGGUGUCAUUUGGUCACAUUGUCGCGUAAUUGGAAUCAUUUGUUUUCAUUCUCGCAAAAGGAAGCUCGGGAACGGAUCAGAGGACAGGAGCACUAGCUCUAAAAGACCAAAAAGAAAGACCAAGGAUCUUACACGUAACACUGUCUAUGGUGAUCCCACUUUUUCAACAAAGAAGAAUGUCACCAUAAUCUGGAGACCAAAAUCUGAAACAUUUUGCCCAUGACUUUCAUCCAACGACACAUCAGAUCAGCCUAUGUUUUCUUUACGUGAUGAUAAUAAAAAAGGGGAGAUAAGAGACCACGUAAUGGGUAGGAGGAGAGCUCGGCAGAGCACGAAUAUUACUUACAAAGACCACUAUAUUUCCAUUACCAUAUCAUUGAAUCCUCACACGCACAUGACGAUCACUCAUAUUUAAAAUUUCAACAUAAACAUGAAGCUUAUAAAAAGGCAAAAGAAGAGUAACCUGGUUCUUAGAGCAACAUUAUAAGUGUUACUUGAUUUUAUGUCCUUAGAAUACUUUAUGAUUAAUUUGGAGUUAAGGACAAAGUUGAGGAUUUUCCCUCAAAAAUUAGAUUAUUGGUGGAACUUUUGAAAGUCCCUUAGUAAAUAAAUUAUUUUUUUUAAUAAUUAAUGACAAAUUAUUUCAAAUUUUAACAGAUAUCAAACCAAAGAAUCUUUCGAAACAAAGAAUCUAUACGAUUUUGCAAGCUAGAGAAGCUAUACGAAUUUUUAUUCUCAAACAACCAUAGAAUCUUUACGAUCUUGCAAGCAUGAAACAACCAUAAAAUCAAAAAUCUACACAAGACCCGAACCGACCAUACAAGCUAUACGAAUUUUCAUUCAACCUAUACGAAUUUUCAUUCUCAAACAACCAUACAAUCUUUACGAUUUUGCAAGCAUCAAAGAACCAUAGAAUCUAUAAGUUUUUUAUAUAUCUAUAUCAAACCACCACUUCAAUCACCAGAGCUGACCAUAGAAUCUAUAUCACAAGAGACGAGAGAAUCAAAUCAAACAUAUAAUCAAAUCAAACAACCAUUGAAUCUACACAGCCCUACUCGGUUUCUCAAUCUUACAAGGGAGGUUAAAGACAUACCUUGCCAAGAUUGGGUCGAUUCUGAAACGAUGUCGAAAGGACUGAGUUAGCCAACGAUUCUGAAACGGUUUGGAAGCGAACCGACGCAGGUGGAGUGAACUGAGUUAGCCAACGAUUUGAAGAGCGAUUAUUCCUUUUGAUUUUACUUCGCCUUCGGAGAUCGCGGCGUCGCCAUUGGAGAUUUCAGAUGUCAAUUGAUUUUGGAGAAGAGAGAAGAAACACACCGACUAGGGCUUCGUUCGACUUCGAAUACAUCUCCCACUCCUAUGCUGCCACGUAGCUCAACGCGUCCAAAAAUCCCUUAACUAAGGCCCGAACCCAACGAUAUCUUUUCUUUUUCAUUUAUUUUCGAGCCUAAAAAACACUAAGGACGGGCCUAGGACCACCCGAUAAUGUUGCUCUUAUGACCUCAACCAAAGUAAUUUGAAAAACUAAGGUUCGUCAUCUCUUUCUCACGACAAGUUGAAGAUUUUUAAAACAUUAGAGAUUUAAAGAGACUUUGAGUGAUAAGCUUAAACUACAUGAUGUUUUAAGCAAAUGUCGUGUUGUUUUAUUAAAAAAUCAUGUAGUUUACAAAAUAAUCAAAACACAGUGUUUUGUUUAAACGGUACAAUUAACGGAAGGAUUGUUACAUUAAGAUAAAUGAUUUGAAAGAAUUUAUACACUGAAUCGAAAAUUGAGGGGCUUCUACCUAAAUGAAACAUAAUUUAGGGGUUUUGGCAUUAAAAAUUCUAUAUCUAAAGAUUCAAAUUAUUACAUUUUUAUAAGUACUUUAAAUUUAAAAUUAAAUAUUUUAAAUACCUAAUUUCAUAUUUAUAUUGAUCAAAAUUUUAAAUAUCAAAUCUCAAAUAUUUUGUUUUUGAAAAAAAUAUUAGUUUUAUUCAAAUAAAAAAAGGCUUUUGUACAAACCAAAACUGAGAUCUAGUUUGUGUAAAAGUUUAGAAUGAAAAAAAGUAAAAAAACAGAAUUUUAUUCUGUAGUCUCAAACCAAACAGCCAUAGCUUGGGGGAAAAUUUUCCUUCCUCGUCCUUGCGGUGAAAUCUCAAAUAUUACUUAACAAACUCGAAAUGAAAUCAAAUCUAGAAAAUAUCCAAAUUUGAAAUAUUAUUAGUUAAACUAACCAAAACACAUAAAAAUUGAGUGCUCUACAAGUCUAAACCCAAAAUUUUGAAAACAAAUCCAAGAUGAAGCACUUACCUAAAGCAGCUUUGUACGUUGUUUAUGAAACUAGGCCCAAAUUUUUUAAAGUGACAAUUUAAUACACAAAUGUUUCAAUUACAAUUUCACCUCGGUUCGGCUGUAAAACUAAAAGGAAAAAAGUGACAGAGGUUGUUACACAAAAGCGACACCGGCCGACAUGAACUUCUCCGGGAAAUAGACUUGUCAAAGCGCGUACAGUGCACAGCAUAUCCACUGUUGUCUUCUACUCUCACUCAACAUAAAGUUAAAGCAAAAAAAGAAGAAGAAGAAGCUGAAUAUAUAUAUUUCUUUUUGACUGAGAUAGUUUCAAAUCGUAGAUCCCGCUCUGUUUUUGUUCACACUUUUUGUCACUCCCCAAAACUCAAACCGAACAAAAAAGCAAACAGAAAAGUUCAUUUCUUUAUACGUUACACUCCGUUUAGUUUCAGAACACUGACACAAUAGGCAUAGAAACCAUGAAGAUGAAGUCAUCGUCUUCUUCACUCUCACUCGUCUCAAAGACUCAUUCUUUCGGCUGUAUCUCUCUGUUUCUUCAAAGACUUCUCUGUUCCGGUGCCUCUUCUACGUACCCGUCCGAUCAAAUCACUGAGUCACCUGAGUUUUUCGAUGAACACGCUAGAAUCAGAGGACAUUCGCCAGGAGCUGUGGCGAGGCUCAUGGGUUUGGAGUCGAUUCCCGUAACUGACAAAACCAGAGUUUUCGCAAGGAGCCGUUCGGUGAAUUCUGGUGAGAAUGUGAAGAGGGAUAACGAUGAGAUUCAAGGAAAGCAUAGAAGAGUAAAGUCCAGUCUGGAGUAUGUUGAGCUCGAAGACGACAACUUCUUCAUUCUCAGCUUCGAGAAGGAUAGGAACGAUAAGGCUUUUGGAGAGCUGAAGCAGCUGGGAACAAGAAAAUACAAGAAGAGACGAGAGAGUAGAGAGCAUCAAACACAUAUAGAGGAUAAGGAGAAUAACAUCAACGCCAUGAACGUUUCACCAGGACGCGAGAGACCUGAGACUGGAGAACUGAAGCAGCGUAUAAAGGAGAAACGUAAGAACAUGAGAAAAAGAAGAGAAAUUCAGUUGAGACAGAACAUCAAGAACUAUGGUCGUCGGCCCAUAGAUGAAGAUUUAGUCAACUGUGAAGUGAAAUCAAUGAAGGAGGAAGAAGAGUGUAGAAGCUGCGAUGAUUCGAGCCCUGUUUCGGUUCUUGAUUAUGAUCGAGUAACUCCGGAACCAGAUAACACUUCAAGAAGACGGUUAUCUUCAGUACUCGAAUCUAGUAAGAGCAAUGAACCAGUUCAAGAAGAUCACACAUCAAGAGAGUCUGAAACCAGAGUCCAUGGCUACCAAGAGAUGUGGCACAUGAUUUGCAGACUCACUGUAUCUGAGCUUGAAGAGUCAAACUCGGUUUACAGAAAAGCUUCGAAGUUUGGAGAUUUGGAAGGAAGCAUAACCGAAGAUAUAGCAUCAAACAUCUUAGACCAACUCUUAGAAGAAACAAUUACAACACUUUCUCUAACCUCACAAGUGUAAAGAUAUUUUCUAUCUUCCAAUAACAACAUUACUACUUAAAACACAUUUUCAA